AUGGAGGGCGAUCGCUCAGGAGCGACAGAGGAUUUACGUGUCAGGUCGGCUGCACCACCACCGUCCCCAGCAUCUUCUCCAAGCGAGAAAGAGUACGACGGACGCAUCGUUCGUUUAGCUUCCAGCAGCGAUGAAGAGUGGGUAGAAACGGCUUCUGAAGCGUCUAGCGCUACAAGCCGGUCUAAGCACAUUCGAUCCGAAGAAUCUUCUCUUCCCCGGAGCUCGGUGGCUGGAUCAAGCGACGAACCAGAGGGUAUUCUUGCGGCACCACCACGUAGGACGCAAUUCGAGUCGUGGAGCGACCUAGAGGACUACCUGAAGCUGUACGAGUCCGAGACAUACCAGAGCUUUCGAGUUCGGACAAAGAACAAGGUGGCGGACAGAAACAAAAAUAUUCGAGAGUCAGGAUCUAAGGCGCCGCUCGUUCCAGAAGAAUGGAUCAACUACGCAAGAACAUUCAUUUGUACACACGGAGUGAAGUACAAGGCAAAGGGAAAGGGAAAAGAAAGCGGCAGCGCUCAAGAGCCUUGCAGUGCGGCGCGCAGUGGUGGAUCCAAAUGGCCCAAAGUUUGUUCGAAGCUCACAUCCGUGCGUCUGGAGCACAACCACCCGUUGCCAAAACACACUUAUAACCAGUAUCCGGACAACCGGACAGCGCUGGAACGCGACGUGCAGUCUACAGUGGACCAUCUUCGCCGGGCUGGAGCAAAGAAGAAGAAUAUUUUGGCCAACAUUCACGACAACUCAUCUUGCAUGCCAACCGAGAAGGACAUUCACAACCUUGUUAACAGGCUGAAGAAGCAAGAACACCCUGCUCCGAUUAGUGCAAAAAGAUUGAAAAGAUGGAUGAUGGAGUUUGCCGAGGAGCCAGGCAACAUUGGCCGCAUCUUUGUUGAUAACGUGCAGGACAACGUAUGA